GGCAAAACAACUGAAGUUGAGGAUGGAGAACAACCUAGGUAGGCCGCACUAUCACCAGAAGAACAUCAUCAAUACGACUAUAUAAGACCGGAAGGUUCUGUCGCUUCUCUCCGGUCAAAUAUGGCGCUGCACUAUCGCCAACAUACACUUCGUAUUUGCAUCAACUCAACAUGGACCUGCCUUCCAUUCUUCUCUAUAGAGCUGCCCGCGUUGCGAUAAGACUACCUGACGAGAGUCUUGUGACCACGGAAAGCGAAGAACGGCAAUUCCUUUACAUCACACAGGAUGGCGUAAUCGGCGGAACAGGUCUCGUUGCUACAUACCUUAUGCAGCCGGAAAUGUCAAGUGCUCGAGCAAGAAUCAUUCGCUGGUCGAUGCACCCUAUUUGCAACUAUGUUUGGAGUAUCAAAACCGAUUCUGGGAAGUUACGGGUGAAGUUCAUAUCACCAUGGCAACCCUUUGCUCAAUUGACUUGGUUCCCGCAUACCAGAGGAUCUCGAUGUAUGGCAACGGCAUACUUUGCUUAUGAUCCUGGUGAGGUGGUCGUACGGACGGGUCCCUCAGGUCGGGUAGUCGGGAAAGCAACUCCAACGCUGUUUUCUGGCCACGGCUCGCCCAUGACAUAUUUUAUCGAAUUUGAACAUGUCGUGGAAUGCGACCUGAUUGUUCUCUUUCAGCCAGAGGAUGCGACUUUGGCCCCUGUGCUGUCCCAAGCAUUUCCGAGAACAGCUAUCAAAUGGGAUACUCAGGUUGCGCUGCCAAUCUCGCAUCAUCUUGACGACGCUGCCAGCUCAGUUGGCACUUCUCCAGACAGAGCUACGAAGGCAGACUUCAUGCAAUCUGAAAAUGGGGGCCUGGCUACGACAGACGCAAGGAUCGCUGUUGCUGGCGCUGCUUCAGAGGAUUAUCACAAGGACUUCUUCGUCCCACUUCGAGCGGAUGUCUACUCUACAGACCCACGACCCGACCGACCUAAUAUCGACUCAGCCCACUUCUAUUCUCUAUGCACUGCUAGCCCUAGUUCAACAUCAAGCUCAGCUUCCAAUCCAUACGCAGAUGAUCCACGACAUACGCCCUUCAUCUUUGCGGACGACCUCGGAGCCCAACAGAAUGCCGAGGACGAUCGAUGCAUCGUGGUCAAGCCUCUGUUCUGACCCCAUGAGCUCAAACCAACUGGCGUGCCCCGCAGCAGUUCUAAACGGCUUAGCCACGCUUUCGAUGAACUACCAUUCCGGGGAUUAUCGAUAUCGACCACGUACAGUUGAAUGAUUGGCAUUGGAUGGGACUCUGGUUUGAACAAUUGGUCAUAUAUUACAGCAAGAAGAUAUUAUUUGAAUAGGCCAGCUGCCCACAAGGCUGCCACGGGCUGGGCCUGCGCGGUAGCUCAAGCCCCCGGGCAUACCAUACAAGCAGCCUGC